AUGACGAUCCCACAUGUACCGAUACCUUAUAACCCUCUCAGUGAAGUUACGGUCGAAGUGGGAGGUAAAGAGAAUCUCGAGAGUCUACAGCGAGUAGCUCGUGAUUUCAGAAGCGAUACUCUGACCGUACCUACCGAUGCCCAACUGCUCCAUUCCCUCAAAGCUUCCCGAGGAGACGAUGUCUACCUUGAGGAUCCAUCGACCACAGCAUUGGAAAGGAGAGUAGCUAAAUUGACAGGUAAGGAAGCUGCCAUGUUCGCUGUUAGUGGUACCAUGACCAAUCAACUUGCCAUCAGAACACAUAUGAAGCAACCUCCUCACAGUGUUAUAACAGAUUACAGAGCUCAUGUACAUAAGAUGGAAGCCGGUGGAAUAGCAAUGUUCUCGCAAGCUACCACACACCAACUUUUCCCUUCGAACGGUCUCCACUUAACAGCAGAAGAUAUCGAACCUCAACUUCAACUGGGAACCAACAUCCAUAUCUCACCCACCAAAUUAAUCUGCUUGGAAAACACUCUCAGCGGGAUAAUAUUCCCUCAAGAGGAGAUUGUGAAGAUUGGCGAAUUGGCAAAGCAGAAUGGUAUUGGAUUGCACCUUGAUGGAGCGAGGAUAUGGAAUGUAGCUGCUGAUGUCAUUGAGAAGAAGGGGUUGGAUGCGACUAGCGAAGAAGAUAGACAGACUGUCCUUACCGAGCUUCUCGAACCAUUCGACUCCGCCUCAUUAUGCUUGUCCAAAGGUCUAGGCGCUCCGAUCGGCUCGAUCCUGGUCGGUUCCAAAGAAUUCAUCGAACGUGCCAAAUGGUUCAGAAAGGCUUUCGGAGGAGGUAUAAGGCAAUGUGGUGGAAUUGCUGCAUCGGCAGAUUACGCUCUGACUCAUCAUUUCCCUCGAUUGGCUCAUACGCACAAGUUGGCGAAGAGGUUGGAAGGGGGGUUGAAAGAGUUGGGUGUGGGUAUUGCAGCUCCGGUAGAUACCAAUAUGGUCUUCUUCCAACCUCAAGCUAUCGGUCUACCCUUAGACGCAGUGAUGGCUCGACUCGCCGCUUUGCCCAAUCCUAUCAUCGUAGGACGAGAACGAUGUGUGGUACAUCAUCAGAUCACCCCUCAGGCGGUAGAGGACUUCAUCGCUUGUGUGAGAGAGAUGAGAGAGGAGAAGAAGGAGAAUGGGCAAGUACAGGAAGAUGGAGAGGGUAUAAAGGGAGAGAAUAAAGAGAAACUGGAUCAUUAUAUUGAACCGAAGGGGAAGACUACGGAUGCGGUUCUAAGGAAACAGGCUGCAUUGGGAUAUUAA